UAGGUGAGUCACCACAGGUGUCUCCACGGCCCAGACGGAACGUCUCAGUGCGCAGUGCAAAGAUGGGAUCACCCAACACCGGCAGAAAGAGCGUCAUCAACACCAACGCCAUCAUCCCCUCCUUAGCAACGAAUCAAUACCAAGACAAAGGCACAUGGUGUGAAGCAGCGACUGUUGAGAUGAUGGAGGGCAUGACUAAGCAAGAGAUCAAGCGACAGGAGGUCAUCUACGGUAUGAUUCAGUAUAUAAAAAACAUGCCGGAAUAA